AUGCCGCUUUGCUUGGCAACUGCCGCGAGGUUCUUCGGCGGUCUGAGCGGUUUGCGAGCAGUGCCAUCUAAAUCGCAGGCGCUGGCACGACCGUUAAUGUUAAGCUUCUCGGCCGCAUCGUGGAGGCUGUGGACUAUGAGCCGGAGGUCAUCGGGCUGUGCCCUCCAGAACAAGCAACGUGAGGCCGUUCACCUGAUCGUCGAGUUCGAGGAUGACCCCGAGACCUUCUACACGGUCAUGGUGUACCAGGUGCAGCACUUUGCAAACCGCGAAGACUUGAAACGUGGCAGUACAUCCUGCUUGUGCGCCCAUUUGCGCUACUAGCAGCAGAGGAGGUCAUGUCGUGGAAGCCAGCGGGCACGUCCGACACCUGCCUCGGUGUGGACUGCUGCCUGGACCGUCCUCGCGUUCUGUCACCGGGCGCCGCUGCCGAGGAGUUCCCGCACCUGCUGAUUGAUGACGCGCGCCUCGUCAUCAACAGCACGCCCCUGACCCAGAUGCAGCCCAAGGCGGGAUUCACGGGGGUCAUGUUGGUGGAGACGGUGGAUGGAGGAGUCAAGCGUGUGGGACGGGAGCGCGGUCGUCACGGUGGUAACGGGAGUUGAUGGCACCUCCAGCGCCCAGCUGCUCAUCAUGCCCAGCUACGACAGCGCCUACGAAGUCAAAAUUAAGAAGCAUAUGUAGCGCGCGGUUUCGCUGCUGGCUGUCAGCUGCUGACGGCCGGCCUCGACCGCGCUUCCUAGACAGGGUCGCUAGGGCUGCGGCCACAUCCUCGGGCACCGCAGCUGGGAGACGGCAACGCCGACAGCAGAGUUAUCAGGCCAGGGGUAGCCACGCAUGCCUGCGUGAACAUUUCCGUGUAAGCAAGUCAUGGCCAACCCGCCCCGGGCUAUC